CGAGGGCCGAGGGACUUUGGUGUUCUUCCCGAUAACUGUACACACCGCGCGCGCGUCGAGUGCCGUGGGGCAAGGGAUAGUGAGACGAUAGGACCGGUGGAACUUUGGGAGUGCACGCUCGGUGCCGGACAAUUCUGUGCUUGUAGUGUGUAGUGUUUGAUGAGUAUACUGUGUUCUCGCGGGAUAAGGGACGUCAACGCAGGAUCAUCGGCAAACAGAGACCUUCGCGGGGGACUGUUCGUUGAUCGCCUGUUGACCGAGGCUGCUCCGUUCACAGCCGAACGAGAAGAGGAUCUCGCUGUCCGCGAGCAACGGAGGGCAACGCCGAGGAAGGUUCUCUGUCGAAGGGACGCGGCAGGCGGACACGUUGGAUCUCGCGGCGUUGGCUGCUUACGGGGGCGUCUCGGGACCCAGGGUCGCGGUGGCGGGCACCGGGGUCCUCGCGCUGCCCGGCCUGAUACCCGACAAGGGUUUAUCAUCGCCCGGAGGUCAGUCUAAAGCAAAGUCCGCAGGGCUGGCGGGUCUCGACAGCGAGGCGGUGCGCCGGUGGGUCGCCGAGGCCACGCGUACCGUCCGGCAGAUUCCGCCUCCGGUUGUGGUACCCUCGAGCUCCCAUCACCAGCAGCAACAGCAGCAACAGCACCGGCAGCAACAGCAUCAUUCCAGCCAUCGACAACGUCAGGAGCCUAGCCCACCGUCGGUGGGCGCCUCCCUUUUCGCGUUGCCGUCGUCGAUGACCCAGACCCCCAGCAUGCAUCUGCUGGAGAACAACAACUUGGUGGAGGUUGCGAUGGCACAGCAGCAGCAGCAACAGACUCAGCAGCAAAUGCAGCAGCAACAGCAACAGCAGAAACAGAAGCAAACCAGCCCGACGAACAACAACACGAUCGAAGCGUGGAGAUCGAUCCAAGGUGGACACCAGUGGUGGAGCACUCCUGGUGGCGGCGUGCACCAGGAGCAGCCACAGCAAGUGUCCCCGAUCGGACAGGUCGGCCAGACGCAGCAGACCGGCCUGGUGUGCCAGAGGCAGCAGAUUCAGUCGGAGAUCGACCAGCCGUUAGAUUUCUCCGUUGGCUCGAUGCAACAGCAAAGGGUGCACUCCAGGGCGAGGACCAUCCACGAAAGGCUCCAGGGUAGGAUGCACGACAACAACAACGGGACGACCGUCGGUGGACAGAAGAUCGUCCGCGGGACAGGCAGCAGGCGAAGCUACAGCCCUAGCGAGGGUAGCAGCAGCAGCAGCGAGGACGAAGGUGUUUCCACUGGCGGCAGCCCUACCGGGCCACUUCGCGGCGCUGAAAACGACUCCUGCGAGCCGGUUGCGGACCGACCUUACGGUAAAGUUUGGAUAGGCGAUAACGAGGUCGCGUGGCGGACCGAGCAGUCUUUCAAGAGGACCUCACCCCUAAAUCCCUGCGCCACCACGACUACCACGACGACGACAGGUGGCGGAACACCGGCACUCCCCCACCUGUCACCACCCAUAGCCGCCCCCGUGACCACUCCCGAUCACAGAAGCCCCAGCAGCCUCCAUGUGAAACUCGGCAUUUCUCCUGCCAGCGACGCGCUCGGCCGAAUCGAUAAGGAGCCAGCCUCGCCGGAAUCCAUACAAGAUGCUGACCUCCAUGGAGACGUGGACGGCCACGAACUUAGCGGAGACGACAGAAGCAUCGCCAGUGACAUCCAGGAUGCCACCGAGGCGAACCUUGACCAUGACUCCAUGGACUCGGACAGGGAAGCUCUCAAUCUGGUCACGGACGUGUCCCACCGCAACAGCAGCAGCGGAACCAGCGGCAGCGCCUCGUCGCCGAGUUCCGGGGUGAGCAGCCAGAUAACCGGAAGCCAUCAGCAGCAGCAGCACACGGCCAACCAGCAAAACAACAGUAACUCGCAGGCAGCGCUCGCUGCUCAGCUGGUUGGCCAGCAAUUGCUGAUGCACGGUUCUCUGGGCGCGCUCGGCCCGCAGGAGAUCCAAGCGUUGGCCUCGACGCUGCAGCAGCAGCAGCAAUCGUUGCAGCAACAGUUGCAGCAGUUCGCGAUGUUCCAGCAGGCCAACCCCGCCGCGGCGGGACAGCUUCCGGCUCAGGCGCAGUUCUUCCUGCAGAACCAGGGGCUGUUGCAGAGCGGUGGCUACGCCUCAAGACCCAGUCAUCCGCGCUCACAGUCCAUGCAGGUGCAGCAAGCGGUGGCGCAAGCGGCCCAGCAACUGCAGGCUCUGCAGAAGCAGCAGGCUCUUCAGGGUGGCGGUGGUCUGGUUGGUCGGGGUUUGACGCAACAAAGGUCACCGCCGCCGCCUGGCACGCCGCCAGCGGUCAAACAGCCGCCGACCAGGCUCGAACCCUCUCCGGAGGAAACCACGGACCUCGAGGAACUCGAACAGUUCGCGAAGACCUUCAAGCAGAGGCGGAUCAAGCUCGGUUUCACGCAGGGCGACGUUGGCCUGGCUAUGGGCAAGCUUUAUGGCAAUGAUUUCUCGCAGACCACGAUCUCCAGGUUCGAGGCGCUGAACCUCUCCUUCAAAAACAUGUGCAAACUGAAGCCGUUGUUGCAGAAGUGGCUGGAGGACGCGGAUAAUUCCCUGAACAACCCCAACUCCCUUUCGAACCCACUCACCACUCCAGAAGCCAUCGGCAGGCGGCGGAAGAAGAGGACCUCGAUAGAGACCAGCGUAAGGGUGGCGCUGGAGAAAGCGUUCGUGCAGAACCCGAAGCCCACCUCGGAGGAGAUCACUAUAUUAGCUGAUAGUUUGGCGAUGGAGAAGGAAGUCGUUCGAGUGUGGUUCUGCAAUAGACGGCAGAAGGAAAAAAGGAUCAACCCCCCAACAGCGGCGAUGGGCAGCCCAACAAUGGCGUCCCCGGCUCCCUCGGUGUUCGCGUCGCUAGCCAGCUCCAUGUCCGGCAGCCCUCUCGCCCUGACGACGCACUCCUCUGGUAUGGGUCACUCGCACCCCCACCCGACGCCACUAGGCUCGCCUCUACCGUUGGCCCUAGUCGCAUCCGCGGGUGGCAACUACCAUCCACUCGGCGGCAAGUCCCACGAGUGACACCAGCAGUCGGCCCACCAGCAGGGGGACGCGAUUUAUCAUCAGCACCAUCACCAGCAACCGCAUCAGCAGCAGCAACAGCAGCAGCAGCAGCAGCAGCAGCGACGUUUGUGCAAUCUGCCCGAGUUCUAUCAUUAGAGGAUCGAACAGACUCAUGGACGAUCUUGGAUCUUAGCAGACGAUGCCGCUGGUGAGACCUGUCGGACCUAGAUGGGCGUACGUCGGCGCCAAAUGGAAUUUGGCGCGAGUCUAGAUCGAUCGGGAAGAGGAGGAUCGUCGCUAGAGUAUGGCCUGGAGAGCAAUAGCAGAGUCUUGGGAGCAAACGGAGGUGUCAGCGAGACUGUCGACGAUACGAUUCGAUACAUAUCCUGGUGGCGAGGUUCCACGACUGUCGGAGACUCCACGAUCGAGGGUCUCGCCUUGGGAGAAGGGAGAUCGGGGAUCGCGGACACGAUUCUUAUGUACCGUUUCAUUACAAGGUAGCAUCGAGAGGUCGAUGAGUAUACGAGGCGCCCCACGUUCCGGAGAGAACUCGACGAAAGACUUGUUUUUAGACAAUUACCCGUUAAGCGCUAGGAAAUUCAGUGUCGAACGACCGGAGGAGAGAGGAGUCCGUUUCCGGGUACGGUGUUUUCGUUGAGUUUCACGAUUUCUUUCAGUAUUACCGUGUUUCUACCGAUUGCGAACGCCGACCGGUUGGGGAACUUGUAAAUCGUCCCGUUGCGGCGAACGAGGCUUCGGAAGUUUGUAAAUGUUCGUUCAUUCGCGAGGAAGGUCGCCCGUGUCUCGCCGACUCGAUCGAUUCGACGGGGUACCUUCGAUUAGGAUUUUACGGAGAACCAGAUACGAGCCGUAGUUUUUGUUGGGGAUUAUUUGGAAAGGUGAACCGGCACAAUCGGAAAAUGAAUUUACUUUGAGGCCUUCAUUCCUGCAUACUGGACGGUGCACGGUCGCGUUCAAGGUUCACUUUACAGAGAUGCAAUUAAUGACACGAAUGCAGCCGGCCGCCAUAAAGUAAGUCCUUAAUCGGCUUCCACCGAGUUAUCAUUUGAAUUAUCAUGAAAUAUUUAUCAAGAGGGGAACCGUUCGACGAUGCGCGUGUAAUUAUCGACUGGUUUCCCUCCGAUGUUGUUUGAUUUUCUUCUCUCCUUUUUUCCCUUCUUCUUUUCUUUUCUCUUUCUUCGCCCCGAGUCGAACGCGCACUUUUGUCGCGCCGAGUGCUGCAUGCAACUUCGAUCGGCGAUCUUGAACGGUUUCCCGCGCGCGGUUUCUCCAUCGAUCGCGAGAGGAAUGCUCCUCGCGUCGCGACGCGAACGAGGACGGUUCCUUCGGAGAGGACGAGCGUUCCUCGUAGCGCUCGGUUCUUCGUGGCAAGCAGGGUUUACUAACGACUGGCGAGGGAGCGUCCGCCAUUUUUGGAUCGAGAACUCGUUCACUGCAAGUAGUAAUGUGAGUAGUAGGAAUAUUAAAAAAUAAUUGAUAAAAAUAUUUGAAAAUAUAUAACGAAAAUAUUCGAGAACAAACGGUGAAAAGUUUCGAAAGUGAAUAAGAAUAUUCUUGUAAAAUUGUGCCUGUCGUGAUUUAAGGGAACUCGUCUCACUGCCACGGGAAACUAGAGCUAUCUUGAAAUUAAUUUCGACUGUUCUGUUUUUUGGAAUUCCAAUGACAAUCGACGCACACGAUGUUGCAGGAAUAUUUAUCAGUUCGUUUAUACGAGCGGUUUUGUUACACGUGAAACAAAAUUACGAUGACACAAGGAAUGAAUAAAACGAGGAACGAGAAGCUAAUGGGAAAAAUUGAAUAUUUAUACGUGCAGGAACAAGGUUCUGUCCGGAGGACUGCUUUAAAUUCCGAGUUUGGUAAUGAUAUCGGGUAUCGAUUUUCAAUGAUGAAUGUCGCGGGACGAUCGAACGAGUUCCCGAUCCUCGAGCUCGACGCCACGCUCCUUCGUCCGUCGAACGAAAAAUGCGGCGAGGUCCGACAAUACGUUUGUACAUAAUUAAUGCGUACGGUUGCGUGUCUGUCGUCAUACAUAUCCGUGUCCCGAAUCUGUACAUAAAUACGCUAGCGUUAAUUUCCGCGAAGUUAGCGAGAAUACGAGUGCCGCGCUCUUCGCCGGGCCCUCGGGGUCUUCGACGAUCGGUUUUGUCCUUUUGUAAGAAGUGGACUGCGGAUAUUUAUGCGAGUAUCGAUCAUUAUAAAUCAAUUUGGAAACACUAUCUUUAGAAAUAAACUGAUUUCAUCAAUAAAACUACUCUACGAGUUAUUGAAGAAUUAUCUGACACGAACGCUUCGUUGAUUGCUGAAAUUAUUAUUCCGUUAGGUUCAUCCGAAGUGAUUACAGAUACAUAAAAUUCACAGUCUACUAGUAACUAUUCGUUAACCAAAGUAUCUUCUCGCGAGUAAACGGAGGAACAAAGAUGGAAACACUUGACGCUGCAGGUUAGGCGGCGGACCGCUAGUCCCGAACGGAAAGAAUUCGGAUAAAUCGAAUGAUCGUCGAAAAUAUUUCGUAAGGAUGGUUUGAAAUUAUUUUUUCAUUUGCGUAACGAGCGAUUCGAUUACUUAGAGGACGGUUCCCGUUUCAGAGGGAACGGGUUUCCGUGGAAUAACGUCGCGAACGUGUGGCGACGCGAGUGAUUUCAACGCUUGGUCAAGCGCCAUCUUGCUCGACGCGUCGGAGCCGUCGAACCGAGAGCAUAUUCGUAUUCUCCGCGACAUUCCUUGGACAGACACGAGGGUUAGCUCUUGUAGAUACGUGCGUACGUGUACAUACGGUAUAUAUACACCCGCUGCACGCAGAAUAAUUACACAUAUGUAGCGCAUGUACGUUUACAGAGGUCGAAUUUAGGCUCGACGACCGAGAGCUCGUUACCUCGCUUCUCAAUUUGAAGUUCCAUUCGAUUUAAACAUUGAAACUUUCGUACACUGCGAAGUUUCCAUACAUUCUUGCGAAUGUACAGCGAAUAAAUCCUUAUUAAUAUAUUAAUUGAAAUUUAAAGAAAACAUCUAAAAACUGUCGUUCCCUAACGACGAUUGAAAUUGAGUAAAACGAAUGUCUCUUCCUAUGAUUUCCUAACAAUUUUCAAUGAAUAUCCAAAAUUGAGCGUAUACCGUUGAUGUAAAAUUGAAUUCUCGGUCUGGCAGGCUGAAUUGGACCGCCUCGAGGUGGUGAACAACCGGUGACUAAAUUUAGGGCUAUGAUCUUAGACGAGGAACGGACGUGGUCGCAAGGGCCGUACACAAUAGAAGUAAUAUCGUAAUCGCCGUAUGCUAAGGAUCGUGGAUAUACGUAUAAAUAUAUUAUAUUAUAUUAUGAAUAUAUAUAUAUGUGUGUGUACACGCGUACACGGAAGGGAGAGACGCGGAAGAGUCGCGCGAGAUAUACAUAUGCAUGUAUAAAUAUAUACAUAACUAUACAUAAAUGUAUAAAGUGGACGUGUUUUGUAAAUAAUAGAAGGAGAAUCGACGAGGAGCGACGAUUGCCGGAUAAACGCGGCCGAGUUGUCAUCGUUUCUUAUUAAUACGACGAUCAUUAUUAAGUAUUCUUAACCUGUAGGUAUCAUCGAGCGGCGCUGGAUUGUCGGAACCGGAAGUCGAAAGGUUCGGGCUACUAAAUAUCAGUUUACUUUAUUUUAUUAAAGUGAACCAUUUACUGCGAGAAAUUUCAAUCGCAAUCUGAGUUAACUUUCUACGAAACAAAUACGAUUUACUAAUUUCAUUAUCGUGCUAUUUAAUAUUAGCAAUUUUCAAUUAUUCUUUAGUUGCCUAGAUUUGAAUUAUCACGUUAAAUUUAUAACUACUUACUAUUAGUACCAAGGCUACAAAUAUUUAUAGUCUUCGAUUAUUCUAUAAAUUCUUCAUUUCAAGUAACAUUCCAAGUUACGAGAAUUGACAGUCUUCUAGAACUAUUUAGCUUCCGAAUCGCUCGACUUCGCCGCAAAACCGCAGUGCGUUUCGACCGUGUACAUUUGUCGCGAGUGCCCCCCUCCCUUUUGUAACAACACAAGUGUAUACGUGUCCACGCAUCGAUCAAUCACGCGCGAUUAAGAGCCGCGCGUGCAAUCGACGCGCGCGCACGUGAGCGAGUUUGAUAUUAUAUUAUAUGUGAUUUCCUCCUGGAACCAGGUCGACGCGACACGAUAUAUUACAAUAUAUUUUCGAUAUUUUAAUAUAUUCUGGCCGCGUGGUUAUGUAUAAUAUAAUAACGUGUACGUGCGCGUGAAUCUAGGUUCGUUUGUCUGUUCGUAUGUUUGUAUGUUUGAAUGAAUGUAUGUUUGUGUACAUAUAUGAAUGUAUAUACGAAUGAACAUGUUUGUAUAUAUGUACGAAUGGACGCAUGUUUGCGCGUGUAUGCAUGUAUUUAUCGCGCGAGAUCACGCAACGAUCGCGUGCCCGAGCGUUCCGUUCGAAAUCAUCCCCUCGCUCGUGCCCAAGCGUCUUCACACCCCCACGCCCACAAUUUUCCUAGCCACACAUCGUUUUGCUUUCCGAUCAUCAACUUCCAGAGUCGUGGACCAAGCUGUAGCGAAGCAGAGAGAAGCGCGAACGUGAGCGAGUCUGUUUUCUGCGAGAGAACGCGAGUUACCGAGAGAAAGGAAGAGAGAGAGAGAGAGAGAGAGUGAGAGAGUGUGAGAAAGAAAGGGAACACGAGAUAGCCGAGGAAAGAAACGAUGAAACGAUACGACAAAGAGUUCCUAGAGCACCCAUCCUCGUGGCCGAGGUGCUGUCAGACGUUUUAUAAGGUCGAAACGAGUGAGAACGACGGACGACGGAGGAGAAGCGGAACACGAUCGAUGGACUGCGGGUUUUCACGCGUCCGCCGUACGUUUCCUUCGAAAUUUUGAUACGCGUGAAAGAUCGACGGACACCGAACUACAAAAACCUUCCUUUUCUUUCGUUUUCAGUGAAUCAGAACUUUUUCGUAUUUUAUAACCGCGUGAACGGCCGCAGUUUAGCGAUCGAGGGACAAAAACUGAUGGAGAAUCGAAGAACGAAGGUUGUCCAUUUUAUUUGUCCUCGUUGGUUCUUCUCGUUCGUCGGUGAUUGCGAUAAGAAAUUGUAGAUAGAGAGAAGUUAGUUGUCCUUUGCCCCUAACCAACCCUCCACCGCCCUCUGAUCGACGUGUCAUUGGUUCAUUUCGUGGUGAACCUCGAUGAGCCGGCGCAUUCCGCGAUAGACGCAUUAGUA